UGGUUUAGUCGAGUAGAAGCAGAGACGAACGUACAAACAAGAUGCGUGCGACAGUACUGUGUGUUCUCGCCCUUGUUGGCGCCACGUGUGCUCUUCAUAUUCCUUCACGUGUCUCUCGGCAGUCGAUACUAGGUUUCCCGCUGCCAAACUUUGGUGGUGACGAUUCUUCAAGCUCGUCUUCAUCAUCCGCAGAGGACCCGUCCACCCUCGACCUCGCGAGUGAUUUGUCACAACGGCUUGUCCAGGACAUCGAGAAUGUCAUUGGAAAACUCGGAUCAGCAGGGCUGUUUCCAUUCACUCUCGGCUCGUCGCUGUUCAACACGCUUGUCGAUGAAGUAACGAAAUGGUUAAGCGGCAUUGUUCGUCCGGACAACACGCCUUUCGACGGAGACGCUGUGGUAUUGGCUGGCGAUCUGGUGCACAGCAUCGCCAAGGACGCCGAACAAAUAGUUGUGUCUAUCGGCUUCGACUUGUUCCAACCCGUCAAACUGAAGGCAGAUUUAUUGAAAAUCAUUAUCCGUGACGUCACCCAAUGGCUGAAGAAGAUCCUUCCGAACGGAGGACGGCGAUCAGAUUCGCCAUCUAGCGGGCCUAGCAGACCUACAAAUGGGCCCAGUCCGAUUAGCAGACCUAGCAGACCUAGCAGUCCUAGUAGACCUUCUUCUCCUGCUCCUCCUUCUUCUAGUAACAGGCCCUCACAACGACCUCCACACGGCUCCAGUUCACAUGUUCCUCCGUCCCAAAAGCCGACACAGCGACCUCCACAUGGCUCUAGCUCUGCCCCUCCAUCCCACAGGCCACCACAUCGUCCUCCACACGGCUCUAGCCCUGCACCUCCACCCCACAGGCCACCACAUCGUCCUCCUCACGGCUCUAGCCCUGCACCUCCACCCCACAGGCCACCACAUCGUCCUCCUCACGGCUCUAGCCCUGCACCUCCACCCCACAGGCCACCACAUCGUCCUCCUCACGGCUCUAGCCCGGCACCUCCACCCAACAGGCCACCACAUCGUCCUCCUCCAUCCAGCUCGCAAGCUCCUCCUCCAUCCAGCAAAGGACCUGGAUCUAAUAGCCAUCAUAGACCAACCUCGUCGCGUCCUAACAAACCAACCUCGAAACAUCCUAACCAGAGCACGGCGCGCCCAGGUCAUUCAACGCCGCCGGGUAGUCGACCACCGCACCGGCCCUCGGCACCUCCUUCGCAGCAGCCAUCCAGCACGACGGAAAAAGUGGUGAACUCCAGAAGCGCAAGGGCCAUCCAGAUCUCCAUAUCCGGCGAUAUCGACAUAAAGAAACUAGAGAAUGCUUUGGCCAAUGUCAACUUCAGCGAUGUCACCAUCGCGAUCCCGAGGAUACCAGACCUGACAAAAAUCAGCGAAUUGCCAGCCCUGCCCGGAUUGGCGGAUGCUACCAAGCAAGCCAGGAAGCUCCUGAUCAAAGCCCUCGACGCUGCAGCAGCCACUGUCCCGCAAGCUAUCGAAACGGCUCUUAACCUUGCUAUUAAAAGCGCGAACCCACCUAGCGCCAUCGCCGAAGUAGUGAGCAUCAUUCUCAAGACGUACCUCAGCGUGGCUCAGACGGUAAUCGCCUUGAGUCCUGCGGCUCUUGCUUUAUUGAAGGAAGCUGCGAUCAUUUCCGGAAACGCUGUCAGCACUGUUCUCAGUGUUCUGUCGACGAGCGUCGCUGCUGGAGUAGAAGCACUCCUCUAAACUGGAACUGGAAAACAUUUCUAAACUUUGUAACGAAUCAAUAUAAAAAUACAUUGGUUCGCGCUAUGUAUUGUCUACAGAAUAUAGAAGCCUUCAAAUAAAGGUGUUGGUUAAAU